CCCUCCCCUGGCAAUCCUCUGCGUCCUGGCCCACCGUCUUACCCGAUUGUCUUGCUUACUGCCGUGCCCGUUGCCUGGCUGCAGUCCACCAAGCUCGAGCGGAGUCAGACCGAGGUCAAGGAGGAGGGCCAGAUACACUCGGGAUCAAGCGAGCCUGCCGAGUACCUGCACAUACCGUCGAUGCAUCCCAGCAUACAGUCGAUGCAGCCCGGACAGAGCCUGCAGUCGAUGCAGGCGCUCCAGUCGAUGCAUCCCAUGCAAUCGCUCUCUGUGCAGGCCAUCCUCCAGCAACAGCAACAACAGCAGCAACAACAACAGCGCCACGAGCAUAUGCAACAGCUGCACCAGCAAUCCCCGGAUAUCAAGGUUCACCACGGCCAGCAGCCCCAGGAUCCAUCGCAGCCGUCGGGCCCGCCCCAGUACAACUACAGCUGAGCGCAACAACCCGCCGUGCGGACCCAGCAAUCCCGAUCCCCCGCCUGCCCGUCGUCCCUCUCUAGUUUUGGUUUCCAAACAAACGGAGCUCGCAGCCCAUAUGCCUCUCCUUCCCUCUCUUCCCCUCUCCCUUUCUUUUUCUGCUCUUGCCGGCCAUGUUCGGCGCGAAGCACACCCGCACGGGCGAAUACAUUCCCCUCAUGCCAUGCGGUGCAUUCAGAGACCCUGGCGAACAACCCCUCCCCAGCACAGGACGGCGCUCGGCGAGACCGCUCCGCCCCACCCCCCCCCAUUAUCAAC